AUGCCAAAUGUAGGAGGUGCUAGAGCAUCCAAAAGAAGAGUACUUGCUAGUAUUGUACACUCGCAGCUGUUGUAUGCUGCACCGGUAUGGCAUAAAGUCACAAACAAUUGCAAGCUAAUGCAAAGACUACGCAGAAUACAACGCAUUAUGUCUAUUAGGGUAUGCAGCACAUACAAAAAAGGAUCUGGAGAGGUUAUAGGAGUUAUAGCUGAAAUAGCGCUUAUUGAUCUGCUCAUACAGGAACGAUAUGAUAGAUAUCAUGGUAUGGAUAAAAAUCUAGGAAGGACAAAACUUCUCCAACAGUGGCAAGGGAAAUGGAAUAACGGAAUAUAUGGCAGAUGGACUAACAGGUUAAUACCCGACAUACAACUAUGGUUAAACAGACAAUAUGGAGAAGUCGAUUACUUCAUGAGUCAAGCAUUGUCUGGCGAUGGUUUUUUUAGAAAAUAUUUAUACGAUCGUCCGUCGUAG